AUGGCUAAAAGUUCAAAGGAACCAAAGAUUAGUUUGAGACUUAUCAUUGAUGAAGAGAAGAACAAGGUUAUUUUAGCCGAGGCAGGUAAGAAUUUUGUUGAACUACUCUACAGCUUUUUGACAUUACCAAUGGGAACUAAAGUCAGAUUGCUUGAGAAGCAUCAAAGGUGUCGUAUGAGUAGUAACUUUAGUACUUCCCUAUGUGAUUGCGGAAAACUGAUGAAGGACGAGAUGAGUUUCUUAGAAGGUGAGAAAUUUGUAGGCGGCAUUGAGAAUGAUUUCGAUGGAGUAUUAAUCAGAGAGAGGUCCUCAUUUAUCAUUACCGUUGACUCGACUAGUUCUCUCUUGAAAACGCUUCAAGAUUUAGGUUGUUGUGAUGUUAGUAAGUUGAGUGAAAGGGUUCUUGAUAUUAGUCUCAAAGAGGUACUAACAUUUCUGCAAUAUGUAUUCUCCUCAAAUGCUCCCUUGACGGAUACUUUCUUGAAGAAUCAAAAGUUGAGGAAUAUUUAUAGAAGGUUUAGUCCAAGCUUGGAGAAGAAUAAAGAUGAAGCAGAACCAGACAAAGUGAUAACUUUUGAUGCAAUAGUAAGGAAACAAGACAUGAAGAUUAUGUUUGUCGAAUGCGGUGAAGACUUUGUGAAUCUUCUUUUCACUUUUCUCGCCAUUCCGCUGGAUUCUACAUGGGAAAUCUCUAACUCUAGCAACAAUAUCACCUUAGGUUGUGUUGGAAACUUGUGCAAAAGCUUCAAGGACUUGAGUGGUAAUGAUAAUAUCAAAUGCUUGCUUCCGUAUUACUAUGGUUUCCCGGAUCAGUUGCUCGAUAUGGCCGCUACGAAACCACGGGCUUACGUAACCUACACUCAUUCCAAGAAACUAUCUUAUUUUGAAAGCUUCAGUUUGACUGCAAAACGUACUAGUACAAGCGAGCGCAUGACUGUAGUGGAUCCAAAAUCUGAUUGCGGUUCAAAAAAUAGUAUUGGGUUUGUGAAGAGAGACACAAAGUUUAUUGUCUCAGAUGAUCUCACUGUUACACCUAAGAACUCUAGCUCAACCUUUAGUGUGUUAAAGAAGUUGCAGAUACAUACAAAGGAUCUUGAGGUGCAAGUAAUUAGUAUCAGCAAAGCAGAGGAAUUUGAUUGUAUGGAAAGUACCAAAGGAAGAAGAUAG